UUCUCCAGGCCUGUUCUAUAUCAGCACCAUUCGAACCGGUAAAGGGUAUGGUUGUGCCAUUACCAUUUUGGCUUGGUGCCUCUGCGCUCGCCUCGUCCGGACGUAUCAUAAUGUCCAGGCUUCGCAGGGAAGACCAUUAGAACCAAGAAUUGUGUGCUCGUGUCUAUCGUGCACUCUCUCAAGCCGUCGCCUUUCAAUGACAAAAGGGCUUUCUCAUUGGCCCUGCUAUUGCCCUGGUUGCAACCCGCUGCUUUUCGUCGAACGUUUUGCUGAGCAAACGGGUCGAAAUAUGUUUAUUUUAUUGUUUUGAUGAUCGACAGGGUUGGGGGUUUCAAGAGCGACCAUGACCCUCAUCGGAUCCACGGGCACAAGAAGAACAAGCAAGUGUCGGUGAAGUAAUAGGCGAGCAUCGAGAGGCUGCCAUUCAACAAUCACCUUCAUCGUAGUGGCAUCUUCCCUCGUAGUGUACAGUUGUCUGCAGAUUGCUGUUCGGUCACGCCGCUUCCAUUUCUGAGCAUUGAACGAUCGAUUGUUGAGUGUUGUUUGGCCAUCUCGAUCAACAUGGCCGAAACAGAGGACACGACAACCAGCGACUCCAAGGCUGCUGUAGAUGGGACCAGCGAACAGCCUCCUGCCAAGAAGAAGCGUACGGCGGAUCGUCAAAUCACGAAAGACGAUGAGGAAAAAGAGGACGACGGUGAAGCUGCGGCGGACGGAUCAUUUGCCAAAGCCGAUCCAGAAAUCCUUCGCAAGCGACGAAUUAUCAAGGCCAAGCGCCCGCAAUCAGAAGAAGGAGAAGACACGACAACGACGACAUCUAGCGACAAUAAGCAACAACCGCCAGCCAACCCUUUUGCUAGCACAGUCUUAAAGCCAAAUAAUGACGAUGGCGACAAGAACGGAGACAAACCCAAAGUUUUCGGCUCGGGUUCGGGAUUUUCGGGUUUUGGAACAGCAGCAGCAAGCGGCAGCAGCACUGGAUUUGGAGGUUCUGGUUUUGGCAGUGCCUCGUCGUCUGGUGGUGGUUUUGGCAGUGCUUCUUCCUCCGGUGGUGGUUUUGGCAGCGGAACCACCUACAAGGGAUUCAACACGGCGCCUUCUUCCACUGGUUUCGGAUUUGGAUCCACGGCAGCUACCACAGCCAAGAAUGGGGAAGAUGGAGACGCUGCUGCUGGUGGGACCAAAUCCAAAAACUUCUUUGACGCUUCCGGUCAUAAAGGCUCCUUUGGUUUUGUGGCUCCCUCCUCAUCUCCAGCCAAAGACUCCGCCACUAGUAGUGAACAACAGAGUGACACCAAAGCAGCUCCUGCUGCAUCUAGCAAACCUACGGUGAAAUUGCCCGAUGAAGUCAAGCUUACAACAGGAGAAGAAAGCGAAAAGAUACUCACGGAGAUUCGAGUAAAGACAUUCAAAUUGGUCCCAGCAUCUGCUGGGAAUGAAAAGGAGGCAGAUUCGACACAACAAUCCAAUGCGGCAGCUCCGUCGGUGCCACCGUCGGCUUCUUCCUUUUCCAAACCCAAGCCAUCAGCCGAAUCGGCGAGUACUGCGUCUUCUGUGGAAUCCAAGGAAACCACCAGUGACAGCAACGACAAUAAAAAAGAUGACGCAGACAGCAAAACGGAGGGCGACAACAAGACGAGCGGCAAAAAGUGGCAGGACAAUGGGGUGGGACCGCUUCGUGUGCUCGAAGGAGGACCCAACAAGCUUCGUUUGGUGCAACGAUACCAAGGAAAGAAUCCCGGCGACAAGCCCACUCGAGUCAUCCUCAAUCUACCAUUUUGGAAGGAAACGAUCAUUAUGAAAACUGACAACAAAUACGUCCAACUGGAUCUUCUCGUUCCAACCAAAGAGAAAAAGUUGGAAAAACAAACCUACAUGAUAAAAUUCAAAACGGAUGCAGAGGCUGCCGGUUUGUUUGAGCUUCUAACCAGAGAAAAGAAGAAUGCCAAGUCGUAUUUAGAACCAACAGCGGCUGUGGAUGAUGACAACGAGAAGAAGGAAGAAGCCAAGCCAACGUCCGCAUAAUGACAUCUCGUCUCAAGCAAGUUUUGCUGUCGUUACAGCUAAGUAUAGGUUGACGUGAAACUACAUGUAGUAAUGUAUUCGUUCGGUCUUGGCAGUGAAUUGGCUUUCUCGAAAGACGUAACUUUUGCUGUGCACAUGUAGGAUCCUUCCGUUCAACUACUGGUAGC